AUGAACAACAGUUCGAUUCUCGACCUUGUCAAGACGAACUUGGCUCAACAACAACUAUGGGAUUCAGUUGAAAUUUUGAAGUUAGACGUUCCUGGCGAGUGCUGGGUGGUGAGUGGAAUGCCUCCUCACAAGCUCAGUAACGACGAUAAGGAACUGGAGAGAGAAUGGAUCCUACCGGUCGAUUUGCAGCAGUAUCGGUCGGGAAACUUGACAUUGGAGAUAGCAGACGGGGUGUUCACAACGCUGGGUUGUAGAAGGAUCGUUUUGGGAAUUGCCAACGACGACGGCACCGUGGUGUAUUACUUUAUGUACAAGGGCCUUCACAAACCAAAGAAAAACUAG